AUGGUGAAAGCAUCACCAGGCACCAAGACGGGCCCCCGGACCGACCCGGAAGCCAUCGAGCGUAGACGGAUGCAGAACCGCCUGGCACAACGCAAAAGAAGACUGAAACGUGCGCAGAUGGCAAGAGAAGAAAAGGAAAGACAACAACGUCUUCAAGCAGCCCAGGCAGCGUCUCAACUUACUUUGAUCAACGACGGUUACCACCUGUCUCUGAACCAACGUCCAGUCUACCACGCCCAGCAAACGAAGCUUCUCCAACCGGUUGUGAAUAGCCACUUUGAUUAUACGCCGCCUCAGUUUGAAGAUAUAUUCUCGUCCUCUCCAUACUUUCCGCAAACAUAUAUACCGCCAUUUGAGACGGAUACCUCAUUCUUUGUGAAUGGAUAUCCCUCUCCAUCACUAUCACAUGCGCCAUCCACGCCACCACUAAGUCUAUAUACACCCAGUCUCAUAGAUGAGGACUUGUCGAACAGUAUAAACGGCAACGCAAACACUGGCAGCAUAGAUCUUGACCCUCACCUAUAUCUGAGCUCACCUGCUGGUGUUUUCUCUCCCAACACCAAGCGCCAAAACCCCUGGGAUGCAUUUGGUCUCAUGCCAUUACAACCUGUACCAUCACCAGUCCUGCAGGCGGAUAGACAUCGAUCGACGUCGCUCCCUACCCCAAGAUCAGUUCCAUCUUUAUCGUCACCGCCAGCACCCACCAUGACGAGGAACCGCGCACCUACAACACCAAGCAUCGUGCAUGGAAAGGGCAUCACCUCGCCCAAUAACAACAUGGAUAUGAAUAUGAGGAUCAGCGGUCUCAACUUAUUCAACACAAGUAUCGACACCAACCCUCACGCCGCUUCCACUGCCGUCGGCACACCCAGCAAAACCGGCCUCCACAUCUCUGCCGAACAAGGCAACUCCCACGCCAUGCACCUCUUUCUAGAAUACGGCGCAGACAUAGACACCAUUGACGAAUACGGGCGCACACCACUACACUACGCCGUCACAAACAAGCACAUCGAUAUCGUGAAACUAUUAGUUGAGCGAGGCGCAACAACCACCAUCGCAGACAUCAGCGGCGUAAAUCCCAUGCAACUUGCGGCUGAAUCGGGCUCGGAAGAGAUGACCCAGAUGAUGCAUAUGAUGAUUAUGAUGACGCCGCCUGUGAUGGUGCCUGGAGCGCAGGAUAUCAAUAUGCAUUCUGGACUUGUCGUGUCCAAGUAG